UCAUUUCAAUACUCCAAUCAAUUUCUCUUCCUCUUCUUGUAGGGUUUUAAUCUAUCCUCCAUUCUCUCUCAUCUCUCUUGAUAAACUCGAUUUUCUUCGCAAAAACUGAUCAAUGGCGGGAAUUAAGCUUCCUCCACCAGAAGAAACUGCCGAGCUUUCUCAACAAAGAACUUCGACCACCGGAGAUCUCAUCUCCGACGAUGAUCGCUCAAUCGCCGCCGAUUCCUGGUCAAUUAAGAGCGAGUAUGGUAGUACUUUGGACGAUGAACAACGUCAUGCUGACGCUACUGAAGCUCUCGCUGCUGCUAAUCUUCGUCCUUCUUCCGAGUAUAGUUCAGACAAGGAUUCAGAGAAAGAUGAGGAAGAUGGUGAUGGGAUUGCUUCAAUGCUGGGUCUUCAAAGUUAUUGGGAUGCUACAUAUUCUGAUGAGCUUGAGAAUUUCCGUCAACAUGGUCAUGCUGGUGAAAUUUGGUUUGGGCCUGAAGUCAUGGAGACGGUCGUGUCUUGGACAAAGAACUUGUGCAUGGACAUUUCUCGCCGUCACUUACUGAACCAUAUUGGUGUAGAAAAGAUGGAAUCUAAUGAUAAUGAAGUUCACGACCUGUCAAGCUGGAGUGUACUUGACCUUGGGACCGGCAAUGGUUUGCUUCUUCAAGAGCUUGCUAAGCUUGGGUUCUCGGAUUUAACUGGGGUUGACUACAGUGAAGGGGCUAUUGACCUUGCUCGUGGUCUUGCUGAGAGGGAUGGAUUUAGUAACAUUACAUUUAUGGUUGAUGAUGUUCUUGACACCAAAAUAGAAAGACAGUUUAAGCUUGUAAUGGAUAAAGGAACCUUGGACGCCAUUGGCCUGCAUCCUGAUGGCCCUAUCAAAAGGCUAAUGUACUGGGAUUCGGUUGCAAAAGUUGUUGCCCCAGGGGGAAUAUUAGUUAUAACUUCGUGCAACAGUACUAAAGAUGAGUUGUUGCAAGAGGUAGAGAGCUUUAAUCAGAGAUCUGCUGGCACUUACGUCGACUCUGACACCUCAACUGACCAAGAUGCUGCGACAAAUCCUGUCCUUUUCCAAUAUGUCGACCAUGUUCGAUCAUACCCGACAUUUAUGUUUGGAGGAGUUGAAGGAUCGCGUGUUGCAACGUUAGCUCUUCUGCGCAACUGAAGAUCAGUAGAUCUAAUAACAGGCAUAUGUUUCUUCUAACUGGUUCUUUAUUAUAUGGGUUCUAGUUUGUGGGUGGCAGUAUGGAACUAUGAAAGAAGUGCCUGCAAACUGAUGCAUGUCCACAGAUCUCAAUUGAUUUUUAUGAUUCGACUUAGUUUAACAUGUUUUGCAUGGAUUGUCAAAAUACAAGGGAAACUCUAAUGUUGUAGAAGGCUUGUUUUGUAAAUUAUAAUAUGGUUAUUGGCGGUUUUGGGUUUAUUUAUGUUUCAAAUUUUUUUACCAAAAUGCUACUCAAAGUGAAAUAUAGUAAAGCUCACGAAUAUGAAAUCCUUUGCCAAAUGUUCAUUCA